UACAUUUGCCAUGUCCGGCGCUGUACUGCGGACCUUUUGCGUGGAUGUUUCAAGCAUAUUGUUAUCAAGAAACUGAGGGGAUGGAAUUUAUAUAACUGGAUUUAUACAUUUUGACAUCCUUGCUGACUCUUAAGUGUAUAUGAAGUACAGAAUCCUUUUUUUUCUACGCGCGGAUGAAAGUUCUAGAGUAGAGUCUGAGGAGUUAUCACGAUGUGAUUCUCUCCGAAAAUGUUGACGGAUGCUUUGAAGAAAGCCUUGGAAUACAUUUCAGAAUUGGCCCCAAUCCACGGUUACUGUUACGGACACAGUAUUGAGCGGUUUCAGUUGCGGAGAAGCUGUAAGAAGGGGCCGUCAAAACCCAAAUAACUACCAAAUGGAGCGGCAUUCCAGCCUAGUAUCCAUUUGGCUUCAGCUAGAGCUUUGUGCGAUCGCUGUCCUUUUGACGAGAGGAGAAAUUAGGUGUUACUGUGACGCUCCCCACUGCGUGGCCACUGGCUAUAUGUGCAAGUCGGAGCUUAACGCGUGCUUCACGCGCGUCUUAGACCCCCAAAGCACCAGGUCGCCCCUCUCUCACGGCUGUUACGACCCUUCGCCGACCUCCGGAAUCGCAUGCCGUUCCGAGUCAACCUACGACGGGCUCCGGGGCCCUGCGGUCCUGGAGUGUUGUCAUGAGGACAUGUGCAAUUACAGAGGCCUGCAGGACCUCAUCUACACCAGGGGAGAAAGCCCGGACCGCGGGGGCCGGCCCGGGACCGAAGGCGGCCGCCACGUGGUGGCCCGCGUCCAGGAGCUCCCCUCGGCCAAGGAGGUGUGGUUCCGCGCGGCCGUCAUCGCCGUGCCCGUCGCCGGCGGCCUGGUGCUGGCGCUGCUGGUCACUCUGGCGCUGCGCAUGCUCCGCAGCGAGAGCCGGCGCAUGCGGCGGCAGAGGCGGGAGAUGCUCUCGCGCCUGCACCGCGGCUUCUGCAGCCAGCCGCGCGCCGCCAAGGCCCGCGGCGCCAAGCUGGACCUGGAGUGCAUGGUGCCGCUCGGUGCGCACGAGAGCUGCUGCCUGACGUGCGACAUGGUCAGGCAGCCCGAGCUGAGCAACCAGGGAUUCCUGUCUCUGGUCCACUGGGGGAGGUGCAGCAGCAGGGGGAAGCUGGAGUUGGUCUGA